CUAUAUGCUGUGCUGACAUGCUUGUGAGCCCCUUAUAUUUGCCUUCAAUACUAAGCACAUUUUGCCCACAAAACCCUUUCACCUUCUCUCUCGCUCUCGAUCGAUCGAUCGACAGACAAGUAGAGGAAGCAAGAGAAACAACCAACAAAUUACGUACGAAGUUCAUCAAUAUCAUCAUGGGUUACUGGAAAUCGAAGGUUCUUCCAAAGAUCAAGAAGGUUUUCGAGAAUCCUAAGAAGGCCGCCGCCGCCGAUUUUUGCAAGUCCUUCGAUGGCAACAAGGAGGAAUUCACCAAGGUGUUUGAAGAGAAAAAGACCGAGUUCCAUGCUAAAGUUGUCGAAAUCUAUGAAGCCUCGCCGGCCGAGAUCAAGGCUUUGAUCAAGGAACCGAAGGAGGCUGGUUUGAAGAAUAACUCCACCGGAGUUCAAACUUUCCUGGAUGAGCUCGCCAAAAUCGAGUUCCCGGGAUCGAAGCCAGUUACUGAAGCAUCGUCCAAGUUCGGGCCGGCGCUGGUUCAGGGACCAAUCUUCUUCGUAUUCGAGAAGGUGUCCACGUUCAUAGUCACCGAAGAGAAACCGGUGGAGCCGCCGCCGGAAGCCGCCGCCCCAGCUGCUGAAGAGGAAGGGACGUCCAGCAAAGAGAAAGACAAGGAGAUAGUGGUUGAAGUUGAAGAGAAGAAAGAAGAGGCUGUGGCCGCCGUGGUUGAGGAGGUGGAGAAAACCGCUCAACCUCCGGCGGAGGAGCCGCCGAAGGAGGAAGCGCCGCCGCCAGCGGAGCCACCCAAGCCUUGACCACAUGGACUGGAGGAAUUAAUAAUUUCCAUGACGAGUGAACUCUGUGUACAAGCUUAAUUAUAGCUAAAACAUGGAAAAUAAAAAAGAAAAAAGACAGAAGAAAAGUGAUUUGUUAUUCUUUAUUGAUCUCUUCUUCUUCUUCCUCCUCCUCCUCUUGUAAUUUGCCUUCUUCUUCUUCCUUGUGAUCUGUGGUAUAAUCUGUUUCUUGGUCUUCUAAAACUUUCAUGUCUGUGUAUUAAUUAUUCAUUGGUUUUGUGAAGUUGUAAUAUUAAUUUACGGUUGUGGAAAAUGAAUGGAAGGACGACAGUCUCAGCUCUC